AUGCUGUCACGCCAGGAUGUACGGCCGCGUCAAAUACAACUUCUUCUGGACAACGGUGUUUUGCCCGUGAGCGUGGACUACAGACUUUGCCCGGAGGCGACCAUUCUCAACGGGCCGCUUGUUGAUGUUGCCACCGCAUAUGCUUGGGCAAGGAACACUCUGCCAGACCUGAAGCUGACUCAAACGAAGACGAACAGCCUUCUUGAUCGCAACAGAGCUGUGGUUGUCGGCUGGUCGACUGGAGGCACUCUGGCCAUGUCUUUGGCCUGGACUUCCGUACCGCGUGGCAUCCCGGCACCCGAUGCGAUUCUUGUCUUUUACUGCCCGACUGAUUAUGAGGACGAAUUCUGGCGAAAGCCAAAUGUCCCAGAUCACUCAAGUGGGUUCGCAAAUGAGACCUACAAUGUCAUUGAUGGGGUCUCUUCUGCCCCCAUCACCGCAUACAACGUGCCUCCGAAAAUGAUGGCAGCAGCCGGCUGGAUAGCACCAAAAGACCCCCGCAGCCGCGUCGUGCUGCACAUGAACUGGCACGGGCAGACACUGCCCGUCCUCUUCCGUGGCUUGCCUUCUGGCUCGGACGUGUCAUCACACGCCGCGGCCGCAUAUAACAAGUUGGAACAGCCCUCAUUAGAGGAGGUGGUGCGCGCUAGUCCUUAUGCCCAGAUUGUCAAGGGCAACUACAAGUCACCGACGCACGUUGUUUUUGGCACUGGAGAUGACUUGAUUCCAUGGGAGCAGGCCCGGCGCACGGUGGACGCCAUGAGAGAUGCGGGCAUUCAGUCGGGGCUUACUCUUGCCCCUGGUCAACCUCAUCUGUUUGAUCUCUUUCGGGAUCCCGAUGGAAGUCGUUGGGGUUAUGUGAAGGAGGGUUACAAGUUCUUGCUUGAGAGAAUUGGGAGAGAUAUCAAAUGA